UCAUUGAUUCAAUACAACUGAUAUUAUUAUAACUAACACAAACAAAACUGGUUUCUCUUUUUUCUUCUUAACGAAUUCCAGUUUCCCCAAUGGCUUCUCACUCCUCCGUUUCAGUUUCUCACUCGUCCAUCACAUGUCUUCUUCCCACCAAAACUCACUCCGCCUCCACACCCCACCCUCUCCACUGCCCACUACGACGUCGUUUAUUGAGCCUUGGGAAUCGAACGACAACGAGAAGAAGCUUUUCUUCUGUCAGGGCAUCUCAGGACGACGUCGUUUCCGUCGUUGACCCUCCGCUGGAGAAUGAAAAGUCGCCGGGGUUUGAGCUUGUUCCAUACUUGAAGCUCAAGUUACUGAGUGCUGUUUCUGGAGUAAAUAGAGGUCUUGCAGCGAAUGCAGAUGAUCUACGCAAGGCAGACGCUGCUGCCAAGGAGCUUGAGGAUGUUGGAGGACCGGUUGAUUUAUCGUCUGAUCUUGAUAAACUGCAAGGGAGAUGGAAACUGAUCUAUAGCAGCGCCUUUUCAUCUCGAACAUUAGGGGGCAGCCGUCCUGGACCUCCCACCGGAAGGUUACUUCCAAUAACUCUCGGCCAGGUAUUUCAGCGGAUUGACAUCUUAAGCAAAGACUUUGACAACAUAGUGGAGCUUGAGUUAGGUGCUCCAUGGCCCUUGCCACCUCUUGAAGUGACCGCCACAUUAGCCCACAAAUUCGAACUCAUAGGAUCUUCAAAUAUUAAAAUUAUAUUUGAAAAGACAACAGUAAAAGCGACUGGGAACUUAUCACAACUACCACCAUUGGAGCUGCCUCGGCUUCCAGAUGGAUUGAGGCGUCAAUCUGAUACAAGAAGUGGUGAAUUUGAAGUUACCUAUUUGGAUGACGACACCAGGAUUACCAGAGGAGACAGAGGCGAGCUUAGAGUUUUUGUGAUUUCCUAAUGCCUUGGCACUUGCAGUUUUGCCUUCUCAAGCUUCACUAUUUUAUUACUAUAAUUUUUAUUUAUAUUUUUUGGUGGCUGUUGGUUGAUUAUUACAGCCCUGAGAUGGAGGGAAACGUUGUGAAAAAUGGUGCUCAAUGAAAUUGGUGUAUAAUUGUAAAUGGCAUUGUAUAUUAUGUGAAGUUUUCCAAAGAUAAACUAAUUUAAA